AUGCUCGACGCGCCGCGAGACCCGGCCGCGGAGCGGUCGGCCGUCGGCGCCUACUGCGUCUACAUCGCCAUCUCGCUACUCGCCAUCCAUUUCGGGCUCACGAAGCGGGGCACGCCGGAGCGGCUGGCCUACACGCACCUCCUCUGGUGGUACCCCUUUGUGUUCCUGCUGCUCUACCACGCCUUCGCGGCCGUGCGCGAGCUCCACGUGGACCUGGAGACGCGCUGGACGGGCACGACGGAGGAAUCCUACGUCUUCUUCCGGCUCUACGUCGCGGCGCAGGUCUGCGGCUGCUUCGUCGAGGUCGGCACGACGGAGCUCGGCGCGAAGCUCUUCCAGAUGCUUGCGCACCACGUCAUCUCCAUCGUCGCCUACGGCGUCGCGCUCACGGACGGCCGCUGCCACUUCUUCGGCUGCGCCGCGGGCCUCUCGGAGGUGUCGACGAUCUUCCUCCAGGGCGUCCUCUUCUCCAAGCACCCCCACGCCAAGGAGUGGUGGCCCGAGUGGUUCACGAUCUUCAACGGCGUCUCGCUCUGGGCCUGCUACAUCCCCUUCCGCCUCGUGCUCUUCCCGGCCAUCACGGCCCUCUACGUCGCGGACGCGCGGCGGGACCCGGCGAAGUCCUGGGACACGGUCCUCGGCGCCCACAAAUACGCCUACCCGGCGACCUUCAUGUUCCUCUUCUUCCUCUCCGGGUUCUGGUUCCGGUCCAUCCACCGGGGCUUCGUCAAGAAGGCGGCCAUCGGCGAGGCCGACGCGCGGCGGCCGCGCGAGGCGCUCGAGAUCCGCGCGCUCAGCGCCGGCCUCACGGCGCUGGUCAUGGCCCUGGCCCUGGACCUGGAGCUCCACGGCCGGGCCCGUUUGGUCGAGGAGGUGCGGCUCGAGGAGGCGGCUAUGGCAUUAGCCACGGCCUGGGCGGGCGUGCUGACCGUCGUCGCGGGCUACUACGCGCACCCCGGGUGGCGCGCGCUCCAGCCGUUCGAGGGCGGCGGCGGCUUCGUCACGGUCCAGGCGCUCGGCUGGAUGCUCUACGCGUGCUCGCUCUUCGCCAUCGUCGUCAUGGCGGCGAACGCGCCGGCGGCGCCGCGCGGCGCGGCCUUCGCCGUCGGGUGUUUAGGGAGCUUCGCGUGCGCGUCGCUGAACCUGUCGCUCCGGCUCUACGUCGCCGCGCCGCGGAGGCCCGCGGGCGCGCCGCGGCGCCGCAGCGCGCGCCGCGGCACCCUGACGGCCCUGGCGCUCCUCCUGGCGCUGAGCGGCGUCGUCCUGUGCGGCGCGGGCGACGCGCUCGCGCGCGCGGGCCUCGCGGACCGGCCGAGCCCUCUCGCGGCCGCGCUGCUCGCGGCGCUGGAGGCGUCCGCGCCGUCGCUCAUCGCGUCGGGCGCCGGCUGCCUCGGCAUCGGCGCGUUGGUGACGCACGGCGUCCACGGGCCGCUGGCCGUGGGGGGCUACCGGCCCUGGAUGCCCUUCGACGGCGGGAGCCGCUUCGUGCUCCUGCAGGCGCUCGCGUGGACGCUCUGCGGCGUCGUCUCCGACGUGCUGCUGGCCGUGGGCCCGGGCGCGGCGGGGCGCAUCGCCGGCUUCCCCCUGGCCCUGGGCGUCGCCGGCGCGGCGGCGAACGUCGUCCUCGUGGCGUCGCUCGACCACUUCGAGGCGGACAAGCCCGCGAGCCGCGCGCGGGCGCCGCCGUCUCCGCGCGCGUCGCCGGAGCGGCUCGCGGCUUUGUUAUUUCUCGCGUGCUCCGUCGUCGGCUUCGCCCUGGGCAUCUACGCGCCGCGCUACGCGGGCGAGAAGGCGCCCGCGUACGUCAUGGCGACGUUCCUCGCGCACGGCGCCGCGCCGCUGGCCCACGUCGGCGGCGCGCGCGCGCGGCGGGGCUACGGCGUCUUCAUGGUCGGCGUCGGCGGGCCCAAGUUCGUCAUCACGCAGGCCUGCGGCUGGAUGCUGUAUUCGGUGUCCGUGCUCGCGACGAUCGUCGUGUUGUGUUUGAACGACGCGGCGCCCCGGCCGCUCAUGGUCGCCCUCGCGCCCCUCGCCGUCAUUUCCUCCGGCAUCAUCGUCGCGUCCGUGCCCCUCUUCGAGGCGCAGGAGACGGCGUUCCCGGAGGCGACGGGCGGCGACUCCGCGGACGUCGAGCGCUGCCGCCGCGCGUGGGGAGUCUCCUGCGACGCGGCGAAGCUCUUCGCCGACGACGGCGCCGGCGGCGCGCCCGCGCGCGCGGCGGCGGCGCGGGCCGCCUGCGAGGAGCUGUGGCGCCUGCGGCAGGCCGCGGCGUCCGCGCCCGCGCGCGCGCUCUUGGACGCGGCCGUCGCGGCUCUCGGCGCGGACGCGGCGAGUAGCCUGGGCCUGGACAUCGACCCGCGCGAGGAGCCGGCGGACGACGACGACGAUCCGGACCCGGGUGAUCUACGUCUAGGCGACGACCUCGCGCUCGACGGCGGCCUCGCGCGGCGGCGGCGGCGGCGGCGCGCGGCCGUCGAAUUCCUCGGCGUCCUGGCGGCGCCGCUGGCGUCGGCGCUGGGCGUCGGUUUAUUGGCCACGGCCGAGUCCCUCGAGGGCCAGCUGUCGCCGGCGCUGGCGGCCUGCGCGUGCGCCGCGACGUUCGCGGCCGCGCCCCUGCAGUUCCGCCUCGAGCGCGGCGACCGCGGCGGGGGCCGCUUCGUCGCGCUGCGGCUCGUGGCGCUCGCGGCCUGGAGCUUCGCCGUGCUCGCGUCCCUGGCGGCGCUGUUGCGCUAUUCGCUGGGCCGCGGCCGCGGCGCGAUCUCGCGCGAGUUCUUCGGGGACGCGUCCGGGUCGCCGUCGCCGCACGCUCUCCUCGGCCUCGGCGGCGUCGGGCUCCAGGGCCUCGCGCUCCUCCUCAGCGAGGCGUCCGGUGCGCCCAAACACCGGGAAAGCAAGCCGGCGAGCCCGCGGAAGGCGCCGAAGCCCGACUGGCGCAGGCGCCUCGCGCUCGUGCUCGACCGCGAGGACGGCGGCCGCGACGGCGGCCGCCUGUCGGCGCGGUCCGUGCCCGAGGAGGUCUGGCUCCUCGUCGAGGCGCACCUGCGCGCGCCGGACCUCGCGACGCUCGCCGCGACGGCGAAGCGGCAGACCUGGUGCUCCGUCUACGCGAAGCCCGCGCGGUGGCGCCGGCUCUUCGCGCGGCGCGGCGCGCCGCGCGCGGCCGCGGCCGCGCGCGCGGCCGUGGCCGCGCCCGCGGCGUCGCCCCUCGCGGCGCUCGGCGACUGCUACGACCGCCUCGAGGCCAUGCUCGCCUUCGCCUUCUCCCGCGGCCGGUCGCGCGCCGCGCGCCGGGGCUCCUUCAGCCGCGCGCCGCCCGCGGCCGUCGCCGACGACGGCGCGCGCGCGCUGGGCUGGAAGUUCGCCUGCUUCCUGCACGACCGGGGCGCGCCCGUGCUGCGCUGCGGCAUCUGCGGCGACGUCGACGACGCCCAGGGGCCCAACGAGUUCGUGCUCGCGCCGUGCGCGGCGUGCGGCGCCGACGGCGCCGCGCACCGGCGGUGCCUCGAAAGGCGCGCGGGGCUGCCCGUCGUCGCCGGCGCCGCGGGCGCCGCGGGCCGCGACGUCGGCGCCUGCGCGCGCUGCGGCCGCGGCCUCGCGCCGGGGCUCCGGCACCCGGCGGGCCCGCGCGAGCUCGGCGCGUGCCUCUGGCGCGACCGCCACCGCGUCGCCGCGCGGGCCGCGCGCGUCGCCGCGCACUUUUUUUUCUGCUUCGCGGUCGCGACGCGCCUCGAGGCGCGCGCGGCGGGCCGCGUCGCCCGGACCUGCGGGGCGUCCGCCGCCGGCGCGGGGCGCCGCGCGGCCUUUGCGGCUUGGCUCGCGGUCCAGUGCUCGCUCGUCCACCUCUUCGCGUCGCCGGCGUUCUCGGUCAUGGUCUCGCGGAUCUGGACGGGGCCGCGCGACCACGUCCGCUUCUACCUGCGGCUCUACGCCUACUACGUCGGCGCCGGCGCCGCCGUCGUCGCCCACUUCUCGCCGCUCGCGGGGUUGUUGGCGCAGGUCGACUGCGCGGCGCCGUCCGCGUUCCGGCGGUGCGCGGCGGCGUUGCUCGGCCUCGCGUCCUGGCUCAACCUCGCCGGCUACGCCGCCGUGUCCUCCGCGUCCCUCUUCCUCUUCGCCAAGGCGAACUACCACCUGCUGACCGUCUCCGUCGACGCCGGCGAGUCCUACGUCGCCGAGGCGAGGCGCUUCGCGGCGGCCUGCGGCCUCGCGCACGUCGAGGCGCAGGUCGUGGCCGGCUUCGCGGGCCGCUACCGCUUCACGCUCGCCGGCGACGUCGCGCCCUACCGCAUGGAGCUGCUGCUGACGACGGACGGCUGCGCGUCGCAGGAGGUGUCCGUGGACACGGGCGCGUUCGAGCACCGCUUCGGCCGCCUCUGGUUCGACGCGCGCGACGACGUCGACGCGCUGGCGGCGGCGGAGUGCGCGCGCAUCAGCGCGCCCGGCGCGGCCCUGGGCGGCUGCGUCGGCGUCGUCGCCGCGCGGCUCCGCGAGGCCGCGCCGCCGCCGCCGCCGCCGUGCGGCGGCGGCUGCCCCGCGGCCGCGGAGCGGCGGCGCCACGACGCGGCGGUCGCGGCGCUCGAGGCGGCGGAAGACGCCGUCGCGGCGCUGGCGGACCACGAGUGGCACGACCCGGCCGCGGCGGCCUUCGCGGCCGCGGCGCUCGCCGCGCGGCGGCCCCCGGCGGCGCUGGACGCCCUCCCGGAGACGCGCGUCGGCGCCUGCGGGUCGCCGACGGGCGCCGGCGCGCCGACGACGUGCGUGAUCGAGGACCUCUACCUGCUCAACGGCGCCUGGUACGCGCUCCGCGACGACGCGUCGGGCGAGCCGUGGCUCCCGGCCCUCGCGGCGUCGAGCGACGCCGGCGCGGCCGACUUUGCGCCGCAGCCUCUCUCGCGGGCCGCCGUCGACGACCUCGCGGGCCUGGGCGUCGCGGCGCGCGACGCGGCCGUCGGCGACGUCGUCCUCUACGAGCGCUACGGCGACGACGCCGCGCACCCAGGCCACGUGCUCACGGCCUUUGGCCUGGCCAUCCACUGGGCCGCGACCCUCGUGGGCUGGGAGGCCGGAAAAGCGCGGCUCCUGCUCACGGACGCGCGGCCGGCCUACGACGCGGACGCGUGGCUCGAGGCCGUCGCGGGGCCCGAGCGGCGGCCGCUCUACCGCCACGAGCUCGAGACGAAGGUCUGCCCGCGCGGGUCGCUCUGCCGCGUGCGGCGGGCCCUCGUCGGCUUCCGCGGCCUCGACUGGAACGCCUGGCGCACCGAGCCGGCGGUCUUCGCGCCGUUGCACCGGAGCUUCGCGGCCGCGGGGCGCAGGCUCAUGGGCCGCGGCGACGGCGCGCCGCGGACGCGGCCCGUGUUGAUCGUCCAGCGCCUCCACUCGCGCGUGCUGCCGCGCGCCGAGGCCCUCGCGGCGGCCCUCGGCGGCGACGUCGCCGUCCUCGACCACCGGCCGCUCCGCGAGCAGAUGGACCUCGUCGACUCGGCGUCGGUCGUCGUCGCCGUCGACGGCGGCGCGCUCGACCUCGCGCUCCUCGCGCGGCCGCGCAGCGGCUUCGUCACCAUCAAGCGGCCCCACGACACCGAGUCCCCCGACGGCUGCCGCGGCUGCCCGACGGGCGGGCCCGAGGGCCAGUGCUGCGACUGGCACCUCGACCUCUUCCGCGCCGCGAACGGCACGUGGCUCGCGGCCGAGUCCCUCAACCCGGGGCCGGGCCUCUCCGUCGCCGUCGCCGACCUCGCCGCCGCCGCGCCGUCCGUCGACGACUUCUUCGCGGCGCUGUCCGAGGAGGAAGCGCUCGCGUCCGUCUGGCGGCGCGCGCCGACGCUGUGGCAGAGCGUGUCCGGCGCCGCGGACCUGUUUUGCUUCGACGACGCCGUCGCCGGCGCCGAGGGCGGCCUGCUGGAGCGCGCGUGCGUCGCGCUCGGCGACGCGGCGGCGCGGGGCAACUGGGUCAGCGAGUACGCGGCGCCCGCGGACCGCGCGGCGCUCGAGGCCGCGCUGCGCCGGGGCACGGUCUUCUUCAACGGCGCGGGCCUCGACUACCCGAAGCUCGCGGCGCUCGCGGCGCGCGCGCAGGCGACGCUGGGCCUGCCCUGCAACGCGAACGUCUACCUCACGGACCCCGGCCGCGAGGUCUCUGUGUCGCCGCACACGGACGCGCAGGACGUGCUCGUCUUCCAGACGGCCGGCCGCAAGCGCUGGCGCGUCUGGCGGCCGCCGGCGAGGCGGCGCGGCGUCGACCCCUUCGGCCGCGGCAAGCACGGCGACGCCAUCGCGCCGGCGGAGCUCGACGAGCCGCUCCUCGACGCGUGGCUCGAGCCGGGAGACGUCCUCUACGUGCCCAUCGGCUUCCCGCACGCGACGUCGACGGAGGCCUGCGACGCCGUGAGCUGCCACGUGACGCUGGGCCUCGACACGUACUUUUACGGGCUGUGCUACGCGACGCUGCGCGCGGUGGCCAUCGCGAGGGCGGGCGGCCGCGACGGCGUCGACCCCUCGCGCCUCGACGACGCGCUCCACGACCGGCUCUUCGCGCCGCUGCCUUUGGGGUUCCUCGACGACGGCGCGCUCGACGACGCGGGCCUCGUCGACCGAAUCGUCGCGGACGUCGCCGCGCUCAACGCCGACGUCGCGGCGGCCUGCGGCGUCGCGGCGCCGAGCCUCGGCGACGCCGCCGCGGUCCGAACCUGCGCCGAGUUCUUCGUGGACCACCACCGGGCGCUCGUCGCGCCGGCGAAGUACGCCGGCGUGCGGCCGCCCGCGGCGCGGGGCUCCGUCGCCGCCGUCGCCGCGCGGGUCGCGAAGAACGCGAAGAACGCGAAGGAGGAGGCGACGCUCAGGGGCCUGGGCGAAUUCGCGCGCCCGCCGCGCUAA